UGUGUGCAGCCUCGCAGACAGACCGGAGCUCGUCCGCCUUCACCCACUUGGCACCAGCGGAGCGCAGACGGAGCGAGGUGCGCACAUCACACAACUCUGCUGCUCCGACGGGAAUAUUCGAGGAGAGCAGUCUCGGGACUUUGAAUGGGAUGGGAGACGGCUUCGAUUUGAUUUAUUUUUUUGGGGUUUUUUUUGACCAUGAUAAAAGACGUACAAGAGAGUGAAGAGGCUGUUGACUUAUGGCGAGUUCUGAAAGAGAAAACCAAACUUGAGAUCCUGACCAGUGAAACUAUGGGUUCUGGCUGAAGUCAUCACUUUUGAGAUUUUAUUUCCACCAUGUCAGCCAAUGAGAGCUCAGAGACUGCUUGCAGGUCAGAGGUCAGUCCGAGCAACAACACCUGCAGCCAGCAGGAGCUCUCCGUCACUGCCUCUGUCAUCUCCAUGACCGUGGGCAUCUUGUCCAACAGCCUCGCCCUCUUCAUCCUCGUCAAAUCCUACACCCGCAUCCGGAUCAAGUCUAAGGCAUCCUUCCUGCUGUUCGCCAGCAGCCUGGUGGUCACAGACCUGCUGGGCCACCUCAUCAUCGGCUCACUGGUGCUUUUCGUCUACGGCUCCCACAAGAAAUGGGAGACGUUUGACCCUCACCGCAUCGUGUGCAGCAUCUUUGGGGCGUGCAUGGUGUUCUUCGGCCUGAGCCCCCUGCUCCUGGGCAGUGCCAUGGCGGUGGAGCGCUGCAUCGGAGUCACCAGGCCCAUCUUCCACUCCACGGCGUUAGCGUCCCACCACAUGAAGAGGCUGCUGGGGCUCACUUGGCUGCUGGCUGCCCUGGUAGCCGCGCUGCCUGUGCUGCUGUGGAGGCCCUAUAAGGUUCAGAGCUCCAGGAGCUGGUGCUUCUUCCAUAUGGAGGAACCCAGAGACUGGCUGGAUGUGCUUCUGCCCCUGCUUUUCUCCACGCUGGGGCUGCUGGCCUUACUGCUCUCCAUUGUGUGCAACACGCUGACAAGCUGUGCCUUGCUGCAGGCCAGGCUGCGCCGCAAGCAUCACUGCAGGGGCACGUCCUACCACAUAGAGAUGAUCUGCCAGCUGCUGGCUAUCAUGUUGGUGUCCUGCGUGUGCUGGGGCCCAUUACUGAUCCAUGUCAUCAUAAUGAGCAUCAGAGCAAAGGGCGAGCCUGCAUCGUUCAGUCUCCUGGUGGUGGUACGCAUGGCCACCUGGAACCAGAUCCUGGACCCCUGGGUCUACAUCCUGCUGAGAAAGGCGGUUCUGAGGAAAAUCUUCAUGUUGAUCCACAGCUGCUGGGGCCCAAACUCUCGUCAGCUACACCGCUGGCAGCGCAGCGUGCUCCGCAGCUCGGUGGAGACCAGCAACUCGGGUGCUGGUGCGCCUGACUGCCGUUGUCUAGGUAAAUUACCUCUGCCGGACACUGAGCUCAAGUCCAUCGCCUGAACCAAGGUCACAGUGUUUCAAUGACCUGUGAAAUAAAAUGGGAAGAAGCUGUGAGAACUUUACUGGAAUACAGAAGGUUUAAUUUCUGGGACC